CGGCCUCUGACGGACCGGCACAGGGCCUGCCCAGUUCCUGGAGUCCAGCGUGCAGCCAGGGCCCUGUGGAGCUGGGGUGGCAGCGGCGCCCACUCUGCCUGCGGAGCCCCGGCCAGACCAUGGCAGGCGUCUGUGACCGGGCCCCUGGCUUCCUCUCCCCACCUGGAGACCAGGUCUUGCAGCCUGCCCCGGGCAGUGUGGUCGCUCUGAACUGCACGGCCUGGGUGGACUCUGGGCCCCACUGUCCGCCCCCCUCAGUCCAGUGGCUGAAAGAUGGGCAGCCCCUGGGCAAUGGAAGCCACUACAGCCUCCGCGAAGACUUCUGGUUGAAGCCCAACCUGUCAGAGGGGCUUAUGUCCAGCGUCCUGGGGGUCAACCUGACCGGUGCGGAGGACUAUGGGGUCUUUGCCUGCUGCCUGGGGAACUUUAGCUCCGCCUCCUUCGUGCUCAGAAGAGCAGGUGAGGUGACGCCUUCCUCCGACUUCUGGAAAGAGCUGCAGCUUGCGCUGCCCAGGAGGGUGCAGUACGGAGCCAUGGAGGGGGACCCACAAACCCAGAUGCAGGAUGACAAGGACCCCAUGCUGAUUGUGCGGGGCCACGCCCGGGAGGGGCGGUCGGCCCUGGGCCCCGAGCUGGACCCUGACCCGGAGGGAGACCUGGGUGUGCGAGGGCCCGUCUUUGGGGGGCCGGCAGCGCCUCUCCAGGUCAGCGCAGUGUCGCUGGGAGAGGGCCGGGGCAGCGAGACGGACGUGUCGGACCUGGGCUCCCGGAACUACGGCGCCCGCACAGACUUCUACUGCCUGGUGUCCAAGGACGAUGUGUAGGGGACAGCUGGGGGGGGGGGGCGGGGCCCUCACCCCUUCUUGUGCCAGGAAAUAAAUUU